GGCGAUCGCCGAGGCCAAAGUCUAACAAACACAUAAUUACUUCAAGUACUCGUCGAACUUGUCCAUGUUGCUCUUCCCGACGGGCGUCUCCGGCGCGACGGACUCGUCGUCGAUGCUGUUGGCGAUCUCCUGGCGGAUUUCGUCCGUGAUCGACUCCGCCCGCGACCGCGGCCGCGAGCCCUCGGACGGCGCGCGCGACGCCGGCCGCGACCCCUCGGACCGGAGCGAGGGCGCGCGCGACCCCGGCCGCGAGCCCUCCUCGCCCUCGGACACGUCGGAGAUCGGCGACUGCGGGUCGGAGCCGUCGCUCCGGCCGCCCUCGGAGAUGGGCGACAUGAGGCCGUCGUCCUUGGCCUCCUCGGCGCCCCCCUGCGAGCCGCGCGAGCCCAUGGCCCGGCGCCGCGCCUCGACGGCCUGGAGCUUCUCGCGCUCCGUCUUGCCGUCGCCCAUCAUCGCGAGCUUCUUCAUGGCCACCUCGAUGUUGAGCUGCGGGAUGAAGAAGGUCUGGUCUUCCGACCGCUUGACGAUGCACUUGUCUUCCAGCUUUUGCGUCCGGUGGCAGGCCAGGUCCGCGGCGGCCUCGUUCACGCGCCGCUCGACGCAGCAGUCGCGCAUCGGCCGGUGGAAGUCGGACGUCGACGCCUUCGCGAGGAACUUGAUCUUGUUCCUUAAUUUAUCCCGGUCCUCGUCGGUGAUCGUGCCGUCCGUCAGCACGAACUUCUCGAAGUACGCCUGGAGGUCGUCGCGGUCCCAUUCAUCAAUAUCCUGCACCUUCCACAGGUGCUCGGGCACGGCCCAGUUCCCCACGCUCACGGGGCGCUUGUCCCGCCAGUGCACGCUCUUCACGACCUUGACCUUCUUCCUGAUCUUCCGCCCCUUCCCGAAGACGGCCUUGGCCGCGCGGUGGAGCUUGCGCUCCGUCCGCGCGUCGAGCUCAUCCGGCUCCUCGCCGGGCGCGGGCGCCGGUGCGUCCGCGGCGGGCUUAUCCUCGACGGCGCCCUCGGGCGGCGGCGCCUCUUUUGCCUCAGGCUCUGCUGCCUUGGCCCCAUCGGCCUUGCUCUCCUCCGCCUUCGUCUCGGGCGGGGCAGCCGCGUCGGCCAUCGCUGCGUCGAUGGCGUCGCGUCGACGCCUCCCACGGGCUUGGACCGGGUUCCCACUGCCAGCCGGGGCCGCUUUUUGUGUGCAUGGACCGAGCCACUGAGCCAGACCCGCACGUUAAGGGGAGUGCCGCGGCCGCGUCUGAUCCGUCC